AUAGGCGGGCGAAUUUCCGAUAAUUUUAAUUUCCCUCCACAACCAAACUCCAAAGCAUUUCGAAUCCGCUAUUCAAAAUUUCCGUAAUCUAACCCCCCCGCUCCUUACCGCUAUUCAAAAUUUCCGUAAUCUCAACUCAAUAUAUAAAGAGUCAGUGUAGCGAGACCGAGAUUGAAGGGUAGCUAUUUGGCAACAGCAAUGGCAGUUUCAGGCGAUUCCGUGGCUGAGCAGAAGCAGAGCAAGCAAGUGAAGCCAAGGCGGCGCAACAACUGCUCUUCAGUUCGUGUUGUUGGUAACCGGAUCUAUGAUUCCCAGAACGGCAAGAGCUGUCAUCAGUGUCGACAAAAAACCAUGGACUUUAUGCUAGCAUGCAAGAAUCCAAAGGAUUUUAAGCCAUGUGCCAUUCGAUUUUGCCACAAAUGCCUUUUGAAUAGGUACGGGGAGAAGGCAGAAGAAGUUGCAACUAAGGAGGACUGGCUCUGUCCAAAAUGCAGAGGCAUUUGCAACUGCAGUUUCUGCAUGAAAAAGAGAGGUUAUCAGCCCACUGGCAAUCUUGCACACACAGUCAAAGCAACUGGAUGUCCCGUUUCAGAAAUGAUAAAGCUUAAAGAAUCAGAAAACACUGAUCAUGCCACAAGUUUCAAAAGCUGUGAGGCUCUACCUAAAACAACCACUGCAUCAAACAAGGGAGCAAAGGUUCUAACCUCAACCAAGUGUGGGAAGGAAAACACAUUUAGUGGCAAUAUAUGGGCAAAUGAUCAACCUUAUACCUCAUCAUGUAAUCCUACUAAACAGGAAUCUAGAAAAGUGAAAAGAGGAGAUGUUAUGGAGAUACAGUGCAAUGGUGGGAAUGAUAAUGUUUUAUCAAGGGCUAAUGAUAAUUCUCCUAAUAAAAGCAAUUUUAAGAAAGCCAAGCAAGAGCACUUAUCAAACACAACAAAUAUCUGUAUUCCCCUACCUCAGGCGACUGGGCUGACAACUGUUACUGGCAAUGAUUUACCUCCAGAUGAUGUCGGAGGUGCCUUGCAAUUUUUAGAGUUUUGUGCUGCAUUUGGAAAGAUUCUUGAUUUAAAGAAAGGGCAGGCAGAAGCUGUACUUAGAGAUUUGGUAGGAGGACGAAUCUCACGGCGGGGAAAAACUAAUGUGACCGCUCAGUUUCUUACCCACUUGCUAUCCUUCAUAGAAGAGGAGCAUGAAGUGUCUUCAAAUUUAGCUCGUACUGAUGGAAAAGGCUUGUGGUUUGAUUCUCUCAAAGAGCUCAUUUCUGAAUCCCCAAGUGUUUCCAAACAUAUGGGGUUGGAUUCCUUAACUGAUGGAUUUGAUGACUUAAGCCCCUCAAAAAAGCUAAAGCUAUUAAACUUUGUGUGUGAUGAAGUACUUGAUACUGUAAGGAUAAGGGAUUGGAUAGAUGAUCAGAAUUUGAAAUGUGCUGAGAAGGCAAAGGAGGCAAGAGAAAAAGUUUCUGCUGCAAGAGAGGAGGAAAAGCGUUUGAAGCAGAAGAUACAAGAUGAUGUUGCUGCAGCAAUCAUUGCAAAGAAUGGUGCUCCUAUUUCAGUAUCUGAGCAUGAUGCUAUCGUCAUUCGAGCUAAGCAUGAAGCAGCUGAAGCUCAUGCUGCUUUGUUACAGACAAAGGGUUAUCUUUUAAAAUGUAGCCAAAGAUCAGAUGCAGUUCGAACUGAGCCCAUCUUUCUGGACACCAAUGGCCAGGUGUUUUGGAGACUGAAAUGCUAUUCUAACAAAUCUGAAAUACUACUUCAAGAGCUUGGAACUGAUGCUAUCACAUCUGAUGAAAAAUGGCUUGCUUUUGAUGAAGCUCAUCAAGAAACAGUUGAUAUGUGUAUCAAUUCUAGGAGAAAAAAGUUUAUGGCUCCAGUGGGUUCAGUUCAUUAGGGAAUAAUCAAGGUGAUGAGUGACUGAGGUCACUGCUGUAAUAAUUCUCAGGAGUUGGCAGCCAUGUAAAACUUAAGUACCAUAACUUUCUUUUUGCAACCCCAAUGUAUGAGUAUUUUGUGGCAGUCAUUCUUGGUGUACUCUAUUUUGGGAUAUCCCAUUUGUACAUUACCAUUUGUGUGGUUCACAAAAUCCCAUUUUUUGAAAUUCAUUGCUCCAUUUUUAUGAAUUGCUUUUGUAAAUCACACAAAUAAGGGUACAAAUGGGGUACCCAAAAUGGGGUACCUCUAGUAUUGUUUUUUGGAUUCAGUUGUGCCUGUAUCAAGGAACAACCUAAAAGAUAUAAAUGUUGUAACUUUAUUGUUAUUAAACACCAUGGACCAUGGC